AGGUUUGAUAAAGGGUUGAGGUGGGUGGCGAUCGAGGUGUAUAAUACACAGUGGCCAUGCUAUCUAUAUGUAUAUUGUAUAUAUAUAUAUAUAUAUAACACAAUAUUGAAAAACGAUGCGACUGUCCGACUGUGUCGUGUGGUCACUUUUUCAAACGCGAUUUUCGCUCGUCGGUCGCGCCGCAGUUACUCCGACGGUAGCAGUGACUCCGAUCGGACACGUACACGUGCGACAAUAUGAUUAUAAUGAUAAUAUUACGUACAACAUCGUCAUGGCUAUUGUAAUAUUUUUCAAUCACUGCGACGGCUGAAAAAUGGUACCGUCGGACGACGAUGAGAGCUGCAGCCCUCGGACUGCACACGACCAUCUGCAACGUCGCCGAUCGCCACCGACUCUUCCGCUUCCGGAGUCACGGGACUUGUCGUUCGAGCAGCAGUUGAGGCGUGCGGCGUUAAGACUCGGCGCACGUGUCAUCGGCCGACUAAGGACGAACGACGGCGAUCCAUCUCCGCCGACGGCCGUAAUCGGCACGACAACCGCAAACGAAAAUCGCACUGCUACCGACAUCGACUUGCCAAUACCGUCGCCGCCACCGCCACCUCCACCGCCAGCACCGCCAUUACCGCCGUCACUGCCGCCUUCUGAGCAGAUCGAGCAUCGGGACUCUUCAAUCAAAAUGCAUGUUGAACGUAGAACACUUAACACAGUUGAUUUUGUGUUAGCCUAUAAAAGGCAACAAAAGGUUGCUGAAAACGACAGUAAUCUAAACGACGAGACUGAAAGGCGAAAGUUUUAUCAUGAAUUACAAGCACAUGGGAUUUUGGUUAACGUCGAUGAUGAUCCAACGUGUUCACUAGAUGCAGGCCGGACGUGCUUUGCUUUGCUACAACUAUCGCAGCAACUCUUAAAAUGUAAUUGCCGGUGUCAUACAACCAGUACCAGUAGUAAUAGUAGUAAAAGUAAAGAUAAACAAACAGUUUUCAAUUCAAAAGAUGUUAAUUGUCAACAGUAUCCAAAUGACAAUGGUAAUCACGAAAAACAUAAUGAAAUAUUAACAUCUGCCCAACGAGCACAGAUCGUGUGGCACAUAUUACUUCGAAUUGGUUCAAAAAAUAAUCAGCAGGAUUCGAAUGUUAUGAGUCUUGAACAAUUGCUUGAGACAGAUAUAAUUUCUGCCGCCUAUCCAAUACACGAUGGUAGUAUUAAACUUGAAAAGGGAGAAGACUUGAACGACGUCAAUGAUAGGCGGGUUCUUUACGAAAAAUGGGCUAGACCUGGUCUAAUCAUACCUCGACAAUGGAAAUCUGAUGAAAAUAUUAGUGCUCUGAUCCGAAAGUAUUACGGUAUUCCGGUAGCUGUUUAUUUCUGUUGGCUUCGGUACUAUACGAUAUGGUUAGUAGGUCCUGCCAUAGCUGGACUAGUGUGGUUCCUGUACGGAUUGAUAACAACUCGUAGCGAUGUACCAACCCAUGAUAUUUGUAAUCCAAAAUCACAAGUAGCCGAUUGGAUCCUGUGUCCGACUAGAAGGUGCAAUGUAAGUUUUUGUGGCUUUACAAGAGUACUGGACACUUGUGGACUAUACAGAUGGACAUCAGCUGCGACUUUCGAUAGACCGGGCGCGGUCGUGUUUGCGGUUUUCAUGUCAUUUUGGGCCACGGCGUUCCAACAGCUGUGGGCCACGUACGCUUGGCAGACGGACGACGACCAACGACGGGACGGCGACACGCGAACGGCGUUCGAAUGUUGCGCCGAAUGUUCCUGGUCGGCCGGCGAAAAGGUCGGGCCGCCCGCUAGGCAGUCGCCGAGGUCGCACGGGCCGCGUCGUCGCCACCGCCGCCGCCGCCGCGACGACUCGCGACCGCCGUCCUUCGCCGUCCACCCGACCGCGGCGGCGGCGGUGACGCGGCCCAAAGCCAACCACGGCCGAUCGCCCGCGCUGUUCUCGGUGGACGUGGUCCGCCGGUGGUGGACGGCCAAACUGUCGGACGCGUUACGGGCCAUGGCGUUUUUCGCCACGCUGGCCACCGUGGCCGCGGUGCCCAUACUGAUCGUCGUGUACCGCGGCCGGGUCAUCGGGUGGCUGUUGCUGGCCGUGUUCCACCAGGACGACGGCGGCGGCGGCGGACGGCCGCCCGGCCACAACGACGACGGCACCGCGGCCGCCUCCGACCGGCGCAGGCAGCACAGUUUUUUCCUGUUGAACUACGCCAACGUCGGCGAGCUGAGCAGUUGGAAGGCGGUCGUGGCCGCGACGUGCGCGACGUUCGUCCAGCUCACGGCCAUCGUGACGGUGCAUCGCGGGUACAGCGGCGUGGCCGAGUGGCUGACCAAGUACUCGUAUCGCUCGGCGUACAACCCGCGGUACCAGAGCCGUUACACCGUCUACAUGUCUUGCUUCGAUUCCGCCAAUUAUUAUUCCAGCUUGAUUUACAUCGCUUUUUUCAAGGGUCGCUUUGUGACUGGAAACAGACAACACGUGGAUAACCCAUCCAGAUUCACACAUUUUUGGCCCAUUUCUAUAUUUCGAAGUGUAAUACAUCAUAUUAGAGAAGAUGUUUGCGAUCCUGCGGCUGCUGGAACGGGAUGCGUACCAGAGUUGUGUACACAAUUGGCCAUUAUAAUGGUGGGCAAACAGCUGAUAGAUAACGCGAUUGAGUUAACGACACCGCUGGCUUUGAAUGUAUGGCGCCGAUGGCGGGCCAAAGAGAGCCGCCGUCGAAAUAAAUUGAAUGGACAAUUACCGGACACUAUUGUUGAAACACUCAGACACCCAAAACAAUGGCAACUUGAUUAUCAGCUGGAAGAUACUGGAUCGUUGGGCCUUUACCAGGAAUAUUCGGAGAUGGUCAUUCAGUACGGAUUUGUGGUCAUGUUCACAACGGCAUUUCCACUGGCUCCGUUGUGUGCUCUGUUAAACAAUGUAUUGGAGCAACGUCUUGAUGCGUACAAAAUGGUAGCAGCUCAGCGACGUCCAGUUCCCUCCUACUUCUGUACUAAUAAAAAUUAUAUUAAUAAUGUCGUCCGAGGACACAUGACAUGUUGCGAUAAUUGUAACAAUUUGUGCACUUGGACGCAAGUAUUGAAAAUUAUGUCAGUUAUCUCAGUCUUGUAUAACGCAUUUAUGAUUGCAUUCACCAGCGACCUGUUACCCCGGUACGUGUAUUCUCAAAUUUCGACGGGAACGUCAUCUUCGUUGGAUGGCUACGUUGCUUGGUCUUUAUCUUCGAAAAGAAAUGUGACAGAAUACUAUUAUGGAAAUUUAGAAAAUAUAGAUGGACCUGAAACAUGUCGAUACAGGGGAUACGGCGCUGAUGCUGAUUCGGAGCACAAUGACUAUAGAAAAUGGCAAGUGUUGGCUGCUCGAUUAGCAUUUGUCGUGAUAUUUGAGCAUUGCGUAAUAGCAUCUAUCGCGGCCCUGGUGUAUUUCAUUCGGAAAACGUUCUCCAAGUACAACAUUCACACGAAGUCAAACGUAAAAAGCCCGUCCGAUGACAAAUUAGCCGCAGAUACGUCGGCCGUCAACGGCUCCAGUACAGGGUCUGCUGCCGUCGUCUAUGCAGCAGACGACUCUUUGACCACUACUGCACACGAUAAGUCGAAAGAAGGACGGCCUCGAGCGUUCAACGGCAAUCCGAUGACCGUGCCAUCAACCAUGGUAGUAGUUGACAUGGAAAACGAUGACCUAGAUAAGUAUACGAAUCAUAAAGUCUCACCGCCUUCCAGGAGACGCCGGCCAGAAGAGACUUUACAGGAUUCGCUACGUUUUGUCACGAAUUGAUCAGCUAUGAUAUAAUGUAUAGAAAAUGUUUCGGUAAAUUAAACAGUAAAGACUAAAAUUAUUUAUGACUAAUACUUAUGCGUCAUACCUAUAAGAAUAAAAAAGUUUAUGACCCGAUUCACCCCGAAGACUCUAACAAUCACCGCUUUACCAACGGUACCUCAAAAAAUCAAAAUAAACCUGCAUGUACGUAAUCCGUUAGCAACUACUACAAAUUUUUAAAUAAAUUUAAUUUCGACUUUUUUCGCAAUUCAAUUUUGGAUUCACUACUGCUUGUAUGUAACUCGUAUCUGCAAAUUAAUAUUUUUUUUUUUUAUGUCAGGCCGCAGUAGCAUACUCACGGAGGGGUUCGUGGGGUUUGCACCCCCCCCCCCCCCAUUGGCCGUAUUUUUUUAGAUUCUGAACGAAGUUAUGAAUGUUUUGAUUUUAACUUCAGGGUCGUUUCCGAUGGCAAAGUGAAUAUCCUUGGUGUAUAAUAGGGUCAGAAGUAAACAUUUUUCAACAGUUUUAAAAUAAAUCGCGAAAAACAAAAAAAAGUGACAGAAAUUCUGGAAUUUUUACGCAAAACUAGUUUUAAAAAAAAUCGAUUUUUCAUAUGGUUUGUAACUCAAAAACUAAUUAU